ACACACUCAGCUAGACGCCUCGCGCGGAUGAGGUGGAUUGUGAAUAGUCUGCUGCAGCGGACUCUCGCGGAGCUGCGGACACCGAAGGAGGCUGGAAAGUUUCCCCCGCGCGCCUCUAUCCUCGGCGCGUGUUCCAGGCGGACAAAUUCCCGGGUUGACAUGAGGUCUGGAUUCCAGAGCAACUGAGCGAAGAAGCUUGAUCCAGCAAUCAUGAGUGAACGGGAGGGGCUGCCGGUCCCCCCGGGACAGGUCUACAUCGAGGUGGAAUACGACUACGAGUACAAAGCCAAAGACAAGAUGGUGACUAUUCGUCAGGGAGAAUGCUACAUGCUCGUGAAGAAGACCAAUGAGGACUGGUGGCAGGUAAAGAGAGACGAAAGCGCCAAGGCGUUCUACGUGCCGGCGCAGUACGUCAAAGAGGUGCGGCGGGCUCUCAUGCCCCCGCAGAAACCCGCCCUGAAAGCCAAACCCAUGGUCCUGGAUAUCAGCCGGGAGCCCAACGACAACCACAACAGGCCGGAAAUGUCCAGCUUUGGUCGUCCCUCGCCAUCCUCCACCCCCUCGCCGUCUUCUGACCGCGUCACGCCGCCGGCGCUCCCCAAGGACGCCAACCAGAACCUGGGAAGUCCACAUCACUGCAAGCUGGUGGCAGAACUAGUCCUCCUUCACAACAACAACAAUCAUCACCACGGAAACAGCUCUUCUCUACCCAGGACAAGGGCGGAUUCCCCCCCUCUACAGGGGGGUAGCCUCGACAAGAGCUCCACAGUGAGUGAGCUGCGGGGAGAAGGUCCGAACAAGCUUCGGAACGACUCCGAGUCCGGGGACGAGCUGAGCAGCAGCUCCACGGAGCCCAUGCAGACAACGUCACCCACAGGUCAGAUCCGGUCUGACUCUCCGGUCUACACCAACCUUCAGGAGCUGAAGAUCUCUCAGUCCAGCCCUCCUCCCAUCCCUUCCAGCUCCCCGAUCCACAUUCUGGGUGACUGGGAGACCCACAAAGACCACAGCGGGAGGCACUUCUACUACAACCGGGCCAACGGCGAGAGAACCUGGAAGCCGCCGCGGACCAGAGACGCCAGUGGCAGCAUCAGCAGCAACAAAGGAGACAGCCAGGGAACAGUGGAGAACGAGCUGCUGUCCUCUGAAGAAAACUACCACAGCACCCACUCCAGUCAGUCAGACAGCCAGUACGGAUCGCCCCCUAGAGGCUGGUCGGAGGAGCUGGACGAACACGGCCACACGCUCUACGUGUCCGAGUACACGCAGGAGAAGUGGAUAAAGCAUGUGGAUGAACAGGGACGGCCGUAUUACUACAGCGCCGAUGGAUCCAGGUCAGAGUGGGAGCUGCCAAAGUACAACGUCUCCCCUCAGUCCAGCGAGCUCCCCAAGAGCCACAGUCUAGAGAGGAAGCAGCAGGACCCCAUCGUCCUCACCAAAUGGAGGCACAGCACCUACGUCCUAGACCUCAACGACAAGGAGUGUGCUCCGAUGCUGAAGCAGAGCUCCGCAGACUCUGACUCCUGCCCGUCGUCUCCUAAACUCUCUCCAACCCCCUCGGAGAAGUGUGGUGUCCUCAACGUCACCAAAAUCACAGAGAACGGAAAGAAAGUCAGGAAGAACUGGACCUCCUCUUGGACCGUGCUGCAGGGCUUCUCCCUCCUCUUCGCGAAGGGCCAGGGAGGAGGGACCACCUGGUCAUAUUACCGAGGCGGCUCCAUCCCGGAGCUGCUCCUCACUCUGCUCAGCAGCUGGAGGCGCUCAGCCAAGCCCCGCCCCGCUGUGGCCUAUGUGAACUGUCGGCCCGCGCAGGCUGCCACUAAGUUUGGCAGCAAUCAGUCGAAGCCAGAGUUCACCGUGGAUUUACGUGGAGCAUUGGUGGAGUGGGCCUCCAAGGAAAAGUCCAGCAAGAAGCAUGUGAUCGAGCUGAAGACCCGACAGGGCACGGAGCUACUGAUCCAGUCGGAGAUCGACAGCGUCAUUAAUGACUGGUACCGGGCCCUCACCGAGGCUAUCAGCACCCACGCGUGGGAGUCAGACGAGGCCAUCGAGGAGGACAUGCCGGAGUCUCCGGGAGCCGAGAAACAGGACAAGGAGAAGGACCACCGAGACUCCAAGAAGAACAGAGUGAUGAAGACCUCUGUGAGCAUGGAUUCUUCAGACCAAAAGAAAACCAGGAUGAAGCUCAAGAAGUUCCUGACCAGACGGCCCACCUAUCAGGCGGUUCGGGACAAAGGAUACAUCAAAGAUCAGGUGUUCGGCUGCAGUCUGAGCAGUCUGUGCCAGCGGGAGAACACGACCGUUCCCAACUUUGUCAGGAUGUGCAUGGAGCAUGUGGAGAACACAGGUCUCAGUGUGGACGGUCUGUACCGAGUCAGCGGGAACCUGGCGGUGAUACAGAAGCUCCGCUUUGCCGUUAACCACGAUGAGAAGGUGGAUCUGAACGACAGUAAGUGGGAGGACAUCCACGUCACCACCGGCGCUCUGAAGAUGUUCUUCAGGGAGCUUCCUGAGCCCCUCUUUACAUACGGAUCCUUUUAUGACUUUGUCAACGCCAUCAAGGGCUCCGACUACAAGCAGAGAGUGAACUCGGUCAAAGACUUGAUCAAGAAGCUGCCAAAACCCAACCAUGACACGAUGCAGGCACUCUUCAAACACCUGCGCAGGGUGGUUGAGCUCGGAGAGGCCAACCGCAUGACCACCCAGAGCGUGGCCAUCGUGUUUGGACCCACGCUGCUGCGGCCCGAAACGGAGACGGGGAACAUCGCCGUCCACAUGGUCUACCAGAACCAGAUCGUGGAGCUGAUCCUGCUGGAGUACGACAGCGUUUUUGGGAGGUAGAAGAGGAAGAGGCGGCCUCCUCCUCCUCUCCUUUGACUGAGCACUGGACCGCUUCGCGAGAAGCGCUGCACUUCAGAUCUUGGUAGUGGUUUACAGGGGUGGGGGUCCAUCCUGGGGUCAGAAGUGGUAGAGGAGCGGGCUGAGCUCCUGGGCUGUGCUUUUGGGUCCAGAAGAACCAGACUGAUUUUGGCACUUGAACCCCCCUCCUUUUUUUAAUCAGUGUUGCUCAUGAACCCGCCGUGACUUGAAGAAAAGGAGCCGCAGCUUCCGCCGUGUUUGCCGCUGGAUCCUAACGUAGCUGAAGGCUCCUCCCACAUGAACUGGUGACCCCCCCCUCCUCCUCCUGAUGGGGGGGCUCUGAGAAUAUAUGUACAGAGGCACAAAGUAGAUGUUCCCGUGCGUUUCAGUGGCUGAAGUGUGUUUGUGAGUGUGUGUGCGUGUGCUUUGAUGGUGAAGCAGUGAAAUUAUGAUUUUUGUACAUUUGAAGACGAGACAAAGAAUGUGGGAGAAGAAAACCAACAGGAGAGUGUGUUGCUUUAGUUUGUUCCUGGGUUCGUUUGGUCCGCUGCACAUUUUGAAUGUCAUUUUUGAAGCUAACUAAUGUUUGUGAAACUGCUACGUCUAAUAAAAAGACAAACUGAACACGGA